GUGUAACAAGUUUUAGCUUAUUGGCUUUGGAUUUCUUUUCCUAACUUUUGCAGAAGCUCUGGGAACAGUUUGGUUGCCCUGGGAAACUCUCAACUGGUUUGCAUCAGGAAUGUGUAUUUUGUGACAAGUCAAAAGAAGUCUGUCAUGCUGUUUAAUCCCUCAUGCAUCUUCCUCAGCACAAGGUGGCUGUGCCUACUCUGAGCCAGAGCUGGUCACAGACCCAGCUGUGUCCAAUCCCUUACCUGACCUCACUCCUCCUCCUGUGCUCACUCCCAGGUUUCUGUAAACAUCUGGGAACUUCAUCUCUUUGUGAGGUUGCAGUUAGGUCAGUCAGUGGACCCAGCUGUUGUUAUGAGGGAGUGGAUUAAGGGACACAGUAAUAGGAAAACCUCAAUUUCUUUGGAAACCAAAUGGAUAGGUAGAUAGAUAGAUUGAUAUUUUAUUUCUCUACCUACCAGGAAAAAUAGCCUUUUUCAUUUUCCUGUAUGAUAGUCUUUCCAGGUUACUUUGAUAGGCCACAGUAGUUAAUACACACAGGUAACAAUCACAAAGGUAAGCUUUGAGUUACAUUUCCUGCAGUCAUUUUAUUAUGUAAAUACAAAAUUAGAAUAGAACCAUUCCAAGAGGGAAUAAAGAAAGGGCAGUAAAUUGUGUCUCUUGAUCUCAAGGGCAGCUUGCUUGUCAUUAAAAGCCUGGAUUAAGUCCCUGGUUGUUCUAAAACGUGCAUGGAAGAUUGGAAACAUCGGUUCCAGGAGUUGCUUGGAUGAAGAAGACACUCUCAGAAAAAAGCAUUUGAGUAGUUCUUAUCUGUGCCUUGGAAUUGAUCUUAGCUUUACAUUAAGGCUGACUACAUGAGGUAUAAAAAGCAGUAAGAACUCUGAAAUUACAGCAUAAGCUUGCUGAAGGAUAUUAAGAGGAAGAAAGAUUUGGUCUGCUGGUAGAUUUACAGAAUAUGUGUAGCUGCAUAUUAAAAAGAUUCUUUCUGCCUGAUACAGAAGAAUGGAAUGGCCUUACUAAUUUGAGGAAGAUUGUUUUGUACAGCCAAAGAUAACAGAUUGGAAUAAUUAUUUUCUUUUUUAAAAUGAAUAUUAAGUUUGGAAACAAUUCCUAAAUAAGGAGUGAAAAAAUAAUGCCAAAUAAAAUAAUCUAAAUUAGCUUUUUCAUCAAUUUGCCGAGUGCAUGUUUUGAAGAAGAGAUUUCAUAAAAUUUGCUGAAUAAUACCAGCAAAGAUGGGUGGUAGACAAGAAGACACUUAAACAAAUUGGUUUUAAGUUUUAUACCCUAUGUUUCAGAACUAUAGAAGAGAUUAAAUUAUGUUAAACUUAAAUCUUCAGAACACAAAGUAUUCUUUAAUUUCUGAGGAUGCCAUUGCAUUUAAAUUAAAAUCAAUAUUUUAGGUUGACAUAAAAGCUAUUAACUACAUAAAGCUUGAGGGAAGCUUGGUACUAAAUAAAUACAAAUGAUGGGUUGCUGCUUCUUCAUCUGUUUUAAGAAUUUGGAUUUUGCUAUGUUUUCUCUGCAGGUGACAUUCAGCUGAGUUAAGUGAGCAUAUUUCAUGAGUGAACUUAAAAUACAUUUGUCUCUGAGCUUAUAAGGCAAAUACAUGUCUUCUGCUUUAGAGAAUUGGUGAAGGAAUCUCGCCAUGAAGAAGCAUUACUUGAUGUGGAAGAAGUAAAGAGAAACCCACAGUCAAAGCUCUGGUCUUCAUGAGGGGAGGAAAUGGAGAGAGCAUAAACAUUCAUCAGCCCUCAGAAGUCUCCACUUAGGCAGUAUUUUUAUUUUCUUUUUAGUUCACAAAGCCCAUCUUUUCAGCAGCCCUUAAGAAAAACCUCCUCCCUGGUGUUGCCAGCUUGAGCUGUUUUAUGGAGUAUCAAGUAAAAACACAAAGGUUUCUGUCCUUACAGAAUAAGAAUGGGAAAAAACCACUUCAGUUCGCCAUGUUUCUCAUGGUACAAUCCAUCAGUAGAAAGCCCAGAGUUUUAUACAAGUGUUGUUUAACAAAUUUAACCACCUCUUUUCAGUGGAACUCGAAAUAAACUAGUUGGUUAAUUAGAUAAUGUGUACAGCCUUGCUUUUUCCUAUUGGGACCACAAAAGCGGGAGCAUUGGUUGAGUGGUAAACUGAUAAACUUCACCUAAAGUAAUUCCACAGUAACGUGAAGUUAGGGUAACAGUUGCUGCAUUCCUGUGCCAUGUCUCCUGUAUGAAAUGGGCUGCAGAUCCCAGUGGAACUGAAGCAUAUCAAAUACCGACUUUAAGUUUACAUUUGUGAGGCUUCUGCACCCACUGUGGCAGCAAAGGGCUUGAAAUGUGCAAGGAACAGCAUCACUUGGAAGAAGCUUACUGACAUAAUUUUUAAAAAAGGGCAGAGGAGGAAGAAAGAAGUGAGGUCUUUGACAUGUAAUAAAGAUUUUCCAUUCUUUCUCAGGAUCAAAAAACAGUUAGAAACUGUAUUAAUAAAUUACAGCACAAAUUUUCACUAAGGCCUUGUCUAUCUAUCUAUCUUCCAAAAUACCGUAUACAAUGAAUUGCUCAAUCGUUUAGGCGUCUGCUCAGCAUCAAGAAAGAAGGCAAUUGGAAUAUUGUGUAUAUCAUGACUUUGGGAGAUAGGGAUGCUGCUGUUAGGAAAAAGCAUUUUCCUGAGUGGACACAGAGGAAGACAAAAUAUAGGAGUAUGGAGAACUCAUGUCAGGAGGGAGAAGUGGGUGCUGUGACUUAGGGCAGGGGAAAGAUGGGGUUGUGAAUGGAGUCAGAACAGCUGUGUCUGUUCUGGGAAAGGGUAUUUGUGGGUGGGUGCUUUUUUUACACCCUUACUUUCACACAGUUGUGCUUUUUCUGUAGCCCUGCAUGGUAGCUGGCCAUCUAAAUCCACAUUAAUGCUUUCUAUGUUAAAUACACUAUAAUACAGAAACAGUCCUUUGGUUCUCAAGCUGUAUAAAUUUGCAAAAUUAAAAAAAUAGGGUUGCUUGGUGAAUACAUUAGUCUUUCAAAAAGGCUAAGUUCACCAAAACUAAGACCUUUUUUAUCUUUCUGCUCUGAUUUCCAGCAUCUUUGCUGUGGUCUAAUAAUGCCCAAUAACAGACACAUCAACUCUGUCUUUAUAGGUGGUGCAGAAAUCAAGAAACGGGGUGUGUGACUGCCACACGAUACAAUCCAGCAUCUUCCUUUUUCUAAGCGUGUUUGAGAGCUUUGCUUUACCAGACCUAUGCCCAUGUACUCUGUGCUCACAACCUCACUGAACAGAAACAGUACUGUACACACUGAAUUAAAUGACCCCUUUGCCCCCUUGAGUAGUUGUUUCUCACCUGAUACACAAGGUACUGCCUCAGUGAUGGAUAUACAAGUGUAGUGUCACCAGGUAGCUGCUCUGCUUCUCCUGUCUCUGAUGGUAGCCUUAAUGGAUACAGAUUCUGCUGGGCUGCUCUGGCACACUGGAAACCCUGCUGAAAGGAGGUGUGCUGGCCUCAGUCAAUGCACACCUGAACAUCUCUCUGGUUGCCAGCAGCGCCCAAGAUGGCUGAGCUCUAACCAGGUUUUAUUUUUUUUCUUUAUAAUCAGAAUCGCUCACCUGCUAAAGUCUCCCAGCUAACCCCUUCAUCAUCACGUGGUACAGUGAAUGCAGCUAGAAUCAGUGAUCCAAACAAACAGACAAAAAAUACCCUAAAGAUAUGAAGCCUGUUAAAAGAAGCCGAUGAGUUUUCUGGGAGGAGCCAGGGAAAGGUGAAGCCACGAGGAGUCUGAGGGCCCAUGGGAAGAGUUGCAAGAACAGGCUCUCUUCUCUGAAACCAUGCCAGAGAUGACAGAGAAUGAGACACCUACUAAGAAGCAACAUCGAAAGAAAAACCGGGAGACACAUAAUGCAGUGGAGAGACAUCGGAAGAAGAAGAUUAAUGCUGGGAUAAACAGAAUUGGAGAACUCAUUCCCUGCUCGCCAGCACUUAAGCAGAGCAAGAACAUGAUCCUGGAUCAGGCCUUUAAGUAUAUAACAGAAAUGAAAAGACAGAAUGAUGAACUUCUGUUAAAUGGAGGGAGCAAUGAGCAGGCUGAAGAGAUAAAAAAGCUCCGGAAACAGUUGGACGAACUGCAAAAGGAAAAUGGGAGAUACAUUGAGCUACUGAAAGCAAAUGAUAUUUGCCUGUAUGAUGAUCCUACAAUCCACUGGAAAGGAAACCUCAAAAAUGCCAAAGUCUCGGUUGUUAUUCCCAGUGAUCAGGUUCAGAAGAACAUCAUUGUCUAUUCAAAUGGGACUCAACCCAAUGGAAAUAACCAGGGAGCAUCUGUGCAGGGAAUAACGUUUAAUGUUGGUCAUAAUUUACAAAAGCAAACAGCCAAUGUUGUGCCAGUUCAGAGAACUUGCAACCUAGUGACUCCUGUGACAAUUGCUAGCAUUUAUCCCACAGAAAAUAAGCCAUGGACGCAACCUACAGUUUCUCCGCUGGUAUCCGCUCAGACAGCUCCAGCAGGGAAUGUUCCUGAGCUCUCCACCCCGGAGAGCGAGCGAGGUGUGCCCGCCGCUGCUCCUGCCAGCUCACAGAGCACACCUCAACCUGCAACAGAACAGGAACUGCAGUGUUCUUCAAGUAAUGCAUCACAGAAUGAGCAAAAUCCCCCCAAAAGUAAAAAUGAUGAGGAGGGCACUAAAUCAACAAAGAAAACACUCCUGCAGGGAGCUAGCCUUCCUUCCAGUGCCUCCGUGGAAGCCUCCCAAGUUCAACAGGUGAAUGCAACUUGCUCAAAUACACACAAUUCCAGGAGUGACGUCCAGGAGAGCUGUGCUAUUUCAACCACAGACACAGCUUGUGUGCCACCUGUGAGACUGUCUACUGCAGAGAGCUGCUCUUCUGUAAAGGUCCUCAGAAGUAUGGACAUGGUCAGCAGUGCUGGGACGCCUGUGACGUCUGCAGCAGAAGGAGUUAAGGCUGUGACAGCAAUAAGCACUCUGGCUGUCAGUCCCCUGGAAAACUGCUGGUCUUUUUCAGGCUCUUCAGGUGUUGGCACUUCAGACUUGAAAAACAUGAGUAGCCUUACCCGGAUGCCUUCAGCUGGGAACACACAGACCACGUGGACAACUUUGCAGCUGGCAGGAAACACUGUUCAGCCGCUGAGCCAAACGCCAUCCGGGAUAAUGACUGCCCUCCUCAACGAGCCAGUCAAUGGUGCUGGGACUGUGUCUUCUGCCCACAGCAGGCCUUUGACUACAAGUAUCAGUUUGCAUGCUUCUCUGCCUGGGGAUGGCCAGGCAGCUGAACAGAUUGUAGUUACCGUGCCCUCGUGCCCACCCGUACCUAUACAGCCUUUAAUCAGCCAGCCACAGGUUAAAGCUCAGGCUGCAGGAAAUAUCCUUCCAUUAAACUCAGCUAUGCAGGUGAUUCAGAUGGCUCAGCCAGUCGCCUCAGCUGUGACAGGAGCACCAGCUAACCAGAAUGUCAUCAUUCUCCAGCCUCCAAACCCUGCUCCGUGCCCGCCCAUUGUGAGAGCCGAAGUUCCCAGCCAAAAUGUUAGUCAGCAAAUUGUAAUUAUACAAGCUGCAAAUCAGAAUCCUCUUCCCCUCCUGUCUGCUCAGCCUUCUGCUUCUGUAAGAGUUCCCGUGAACGGGCCGACUGCAGUCGCCAACUCCAGUGGCUCCAUGCAAAAUGCCUCUCUUCCACAGACUUUUGGAGGGAAACACCUUGUCCAUAUAUUACCAAGGCCAUCUUCUUUGCCAUCUUCUAGCUCUGCGCAGACAUUUUCAGUGACAAUGUCCAAUCAACAGCAUCCUCAGACUAUCUCAUUAAAUGGGCAGCUUUUCGCAUUGCAGCCUGUGAUGUCUUCAUCCGGAGCUUCAAACCAAGCCCCUAUGCAAAUUAUUCAGCCCACCACCAGCGAGGAUCCAAAUACCAAUGUUGCCCUCAAUACAUUUGGUGCUUUAGCUAACCUCAAUCAAAGCAUAUCGCAAAUGGCUGGGCAGAGCUGCUUGCACUUGUCUCUCAGCCACCCCACCAAUCCUGCAACUGUCAAUAACCAGAUUGCCACAGUCAACUGUGUGUCAUUGCCAACUUCUGUGGCAUCUUCAGUGCCUGCAGAGGUUUCGGUAUUAACCAGCGCAUCUAAUUCCAUAAAUGCUUCUCCGCAAAAAGCGGCUGCUGGCUUGCCAUCCAGUGCAAAAUCAAAAAGGACAAACAAAAAGCCAAGCACAAAGAAACACCAAGCAGUCAAUAAUAAAGUGUCUUGCCCAGCAGUUCCUUGCAAAGAUGCAGGGAAGGUGGACUGUGCUCCUGUGGAAACGGUGGCAAAGCCUUCAAAUGGCGAAGGGCCGCCAGAAAACGCCCCGGCAGCAUCACAGGCUGUAACCACAUCGCAGGCGGGCGGCGCGGCUGCAGCGAGCGGCGUCAGCGUUUCUGACUCUCCUUCCAAAGAGGCUGCGAGCUCUGAACAGGCAGUGAAAACCCCCUCUGCUCCCGAGCCGAGCUCAGCAGAGGCAUCUGCUUCCUCACCGCUGGAGUCUGUGGUGUCAGAGCAGCUGCUGCUCGCUCCACCAGCGGCCAAAGAUGCUGCUCCUCGCCAGCAGGCCCAGGGAUCUCAGAGCCACCCGCCAACUGCCUCUGCCUUGUCGGAGUCUCCCAAACCCUGUGAACCUCCAAACACCUUAACAUCCUCUCGUAAAGAAGCACAGGUGACACAUUUGCAGGUUGCUGGGACUUUGGUAGCACAGAGCAACACAGCAGGUCACGCUUCCAAGGCAGGAAUGAAUUCGGAGUCCUGCAACAUUGCACAGGAUUCCUCAGUGGUAAUGCAAGAUGCAGACUUGUUGGAAGGACAGGGUCUAACCAAAAUGCUGUCUGAUCUCACAAAAGAAAGAACAGCUGUGGAAAAAACCUCUUCGUUUACUGUUCAGGGGGAGCAUACUAAUUUUCCUAUGGAAAACUCUAAAUCAGCAGAAUCAAAUGUUGAUUUGCCUGAGAAGCAGGAACUCUUGCUGAUGAACACGGAAAGUGACACUCUCUCCCCGCAUCACUCCUGCAUCUCUGAUCAGGAAGUAGUCAGUGCUUCCCUUAUCACUAGCAGGCAGGCAGACUCCCCGAUGUCAACCAGCUCUGGCAGCAGUCGAGGCUUCUCAGUUGCAUCUAUGCUGCCAGACACCACCAGAGAAGAUCUCACAAGCAGCACCUCAACCAGUACCUGUAACAGCUGCACGUUUUCAGAACAGACUGACAUUGUAGCUCUUGCAGCGAGAGCUAUUUUUGACCAGGAAAGCCUUGAGAAAGGUGGAGGGGGAAUACAGGUUAACACAAGGGAUAUCAUCUCUAAGUCUGAGGUUGCACCUUUGGAGAGAGAGCAACAGCCUUUUAAACCUCAGUCAGUGAAAGAAAACAACGCAGGGCCGCUGGAAGCAGCACCGAACAAAUUCAGUGCUCAUGAAACAGUACAGACAAAUGUCGACAGGCAGGUUGAGAAGCCAAGCUGCUCUGUAGGAGGUGUGGAAACAUCAAACACUCCUUUGCAGAUUUCCACUUCCCAGACACCCAGCAUAACCAGUCUAAGCGUGAAUAAUCUGAUACACCAGAGCCGCAUUGUCCAUCCCCUGGUGAGUUGCUCGAGUUUAUCCCAGUCUUCAGAGCCUGCAAGUGUCCCUGCAACUGUGAGCCUCUCCCUUCCAUCUAGCACAUACAUCAAUCCAUCUCCGGGACCUGCUCUCAUGAGUGAAUAUGCUCAGGAGCAACUGAAUGCUAUCAGGGCAAGCACCAUGCAGGCUCCCCAGCUGCAGGAAUCACACUUAAAGCAGCAAAACCAUGAAGGUCGCAAAGACUCUGCCAAGAGGGCCGUUCAGGAUGACCUUCUGCUUUCUACAGCAAAGAGGCAAAAGCAGUGCCAGACAGCACCCAUAAGGCUUGAGGGGAUGGCGCUGAUGAACCGAGCACCAGAGGGUAUUGCUGAUCAAACACAGAUGCUAGUCAGUCAGAUUCCUCCUAAUUCAUCCAAUUCAGUGGCACCAGUGAGCAAUCAAGGGCAUGCUGAUGGCCUCAGUAGGUUAUUCCCACCCAACAGCAAUUUCGUAGCGCCAGCUUUGAGACAAACUGAAGUUCAGUGUGGUUCUCAGCCACCACUUUCAGAGCAGCCAGGCCAGGCAGGGCAGCACUUGCAGCCAAUUCAACAUGUCCCUGCCCAAGGCAUCUCUCACCUUCACAGUAAUCACCCGUACUUGAAGCAGCAGCAGGCUGGGCAGCUAAGAGAGAGGCACCACUUGUACCAGCUGCAGCACCACGUCACUCACGGGGAGAACUCCGUCCACUCUCAACCCCACAGUGUCCACCAACAGCGAACGAUACAGCAGGAGGUGCAGAUGCAAAAGAAACGGAAUCUCAUCCAGGGAACACAAGCCACACAGCUUUCUCUACAGCAAAAACACCAUGGAAGUGAUCAAACACGGCAAAAAGGUGGUCAGCCCCAUCCUCACCACCAACAAAUGCAGCAGCAGAUGCAGCAACACUUUGGAGCUUCCCAGCCUGAAAAGAACUGUGAAAAUCCUGCAACAAGCAGAAACCACCAUAACCACCCUCAGAGCCAUAUCAAUCAGGAUAUUAUGCAUCAACAGCAACAGGAUGUUGGCAGCAGACAGCAAGGUUCCACUUCAGAACAUGUGUCGGGGCACAAUCAGAUGCAAAGACUUAUGACCUCGAGGGGCUUAGAGCAGCAAAUGGUGUCCCAGGCCAGCAUUGUAACCAGACCAUCAGAUAUGACAUGCACCCCUCACAGGCAGGAAAGAAACAGAGUUUCCAGCUACUCUGCUGAGGCCCUCAUUGGGAAGACGCCCUCUAAUUCGGAGCAGAGAAUAGGAAUAUCUCUUCAAGGCCCUAGGGUUUCUGACCAGCUUGAAAUGAGAAGCUAUCUUGAUGUUUCUAGAAAUAAAGGGUUGGCGAUUCAUAAUAUGCAGGGCCGCUUGUCAGUUGACCACACAGUUGGCUCGGAUGUGCAGCGUCUUUCUGACUGCCAAACAUUUAAGCCCUCUGGACCCAAUCAGCAACCGCCGGGCAAUUUUGAUGUACAGGCUUCAAGAAACAGUGAAAUUGGCAAUUCUGUGUCAUCCCUCCGGGGCAUGCAGUCACAAGCAUUCCGAAUUGGUCAGAAUGCUGCACCAUCCAUAGAGAGACAGAAGAGACUGCCCUACCCGCCAGUACAGGGUAUUCCAACGGGGAAUACCCUGCCAUCAAGGGAGAAUGAAAACACAUGCCACCAAAGUUUCAUGCAGAGCUUGCUCGCCCCUCACCUUGGAGAUCAAGUCAGUGGAAGCCAAAGAUCAAUCCCAGAACAUCAAAGGAACACGCAGUGCGGUGCCUCCUCCACAAUUGAGUACAACUGUCCCCCAGCGCGAGAGAGUGUCCACAUCCGAAGGGAUGGUGAUGGCCAGAGCAGGGAAAGCUGUGACAUGUCCAUUGGGGCAAUUAACACAAGGAACAGCUCAUUGACUAUUCCUUUUUCGAGUUCUUCUUCCUCAGGAGACAUUCAGGGUCGCAAUACAAGCCCAAACAUCUCUGUGCAGAAGUCCAACCCCAUGAGGAUGACAGACAGUCAUGGAACUAAGAACCACAUGAACACACCCGUUUCCAGCAAUAUGCAUGGAGUUGCGAGGCCAACUCACCCUCACCCUGCAGUUUCUCACGGAAAUGGCGAGCAAGGGCAGCCUUCUGUUCGUCAGCCAAAUUCUUCGGUCACUCAGCGCUCGAGGCAUCCUCUGCAAGACAAUGGAGGUUCUAAAAUACGUCAGCCCGAAAGGAAUCGAUCCGGCAAUCAGAGACACGGAAAUGUCUUUGACCCUAGUCUUCCCCAUCUUCCUCUGUCCACCAGUGGCAGCAUGAUCCUUGGGCGCCAACAGUCCACGAUAGAAAAAAGAGGAAGCAUUGUCCGAUUUAUGUCUGAUGGCCCUCAAGUGUCCAACGACAACGCGGCCCCUGACCAACAUACUCUCUCCCAGAAUUUUGGAUUCCCUUUUAUUCCGGAGGGUGGCAUGAAUCCACCAAUAAAUGCUAACGCUUCUUUCAUCCCACCAGUCACUCAGCCUAGUGCCACUCGGACACCAGCUCUAAUCCCAGUUGAUCCUCAAAAUACACUGCCAUCCUUCUAUCCACCUUACUCUCCCGCCCACCCUACCCUCUCCAAUGACAUUUCUAUCCCUUACUUUCCCAAUCAAAUGUUUCCGAACCCAAGCACGGAGAAGCCAAGCAGUGGAGGUUUAAACAAUCGAUUUGGAUCCAUUCUGUCUCCUCCCAGGCCUGUUGGUUUUGCUCAGCCGAGUUUUCCUUUGCUUCCAGAUAUGCCACCAAUGCACAUGACCAACACAUCGCACUUAUCCAAUUUUAACUUAACUUCUUUGUUUCCAGAAAUAGCCACAGCUCUUCCUCCAGAUGGCUCAGCGAUGUCACCUUUGCUUUCUAUUGCAAACACAUCUGCUUCAGAUUCUUCCAAGCAGCCCUCAAACCGCCCUGCCCACAAUAUAAGCCAUAUUUUAGGUCACGACUGCAGCUCCGCUGUAUGAAAACUGGCAGACUGACUUCUGGUCUGAUGUGUUGUUUAUAUAUUUAAGAAGAAGGAAGUGGAUCUUACUGGCACCCCUGGAGAGACCAUUCAUAGCAUCACUGUUUGUUUGCCUGAAUGUAUGUAGAUGGUACUUUCCAUAUUUAUAUACACGUUGUAUUUCCACCCACCUUACUAACUCUAAAGCACCAGUGCCUAUAGCAAUGCUUGCUUACUAGGAAACAGUAAGGAUGCAACAUUGAGAGCUGUGCAAAUAUUGGUUGUUGAUUUUCCAACAAUCAAGUUUGAUGUCUGAUUGUCCCAAGGUAAGGGCUGCCCCCAGUAGUGCAUGGAGUGAGAGCAUCCGUAUGGGAGACAAGAAACAAGUGCUACAGGUAUCGGUUUGUUCCUGAUGUGUUUACCUGAAACUGCACAGGAGCUUGAAAUGGUUUGGGUUUCACUUUUUCCUUUGUAAAAUAUCUUCAAGAGCCUCAACACAAGUCAAGUCUGUGUUAACCCAGUGCUGAUUGGAAAAGGCAUUUGUUGUGCAGCUUUUGUCUGUCUGAAGCUUGUCACAUACACUUGACUUAAGGCUUACUUUACAUGGUGAAAAUUACUGUGUGCUCCCAUGGUCAGCAAUUAAAAAUACUGUUUUAGAAAAUUUAGAUUUCUUUAACCCAUGACUUUCUGUUUCUAAGAAUCUUGUUUGGAUCUGCUUCAACUGUGGCUUCAGUUACUGCUGAACUCAGUCAAUGUUUUAGUGUAGCUCACAACUCCUGGUGCAGUCAGCAGAGACAGCAGCCGUGUUUGUUGCCAUUUCAGUGUUGGUUGCUGCAAGUUACCUCAGGGUGGGUUUUGUACUUUGUUUAGCACCUUCUUAAUGUCCUUUUCUUUUUUCCCCUCCACUUUUCUUUGGCCCAUGCUCUAACACCAGCUUUCUGCUUUCUGUGAGUGACAGCCCUUUGUUGUACCAGGCAGCACAUGGGAGGGGACCUCAGCCUGUCGCAUCCCACAAAAUGAGUGGGGAUUCCUGGGGCACAGUUUUUACUUGAUAUUGCUGAUAGGAUUGAGCCUGAGUUAAUAUCAGUACUCUGCACUUGAAUGCACCUUUUACCUAAACCUGUGUGGCUGAAGGAGGGACAUGGAUGAACAUGGAUGUGUUGAGAGUGAAACACACGGAAGACACUGGGAUUUGAGGAAGGAUGAUGUUUGUAGAUGCAUGAGAGAAGGAGUGAAUGUGUGUGCGCUGGCUGAGUCUCCAGUACUUUAACAAAUUUUGGUCCCAUUUCUUUUAAAGGAAAGGGAAGAAUUAGGUAAAUUUUAUUUAUUUAAUGUCCCUGCAGUGUGCUUUUUCUCCUAACAGGGCAGAAAUAUGUCUUUUAUGUGUUUGGAAAUACCAUUCUGGGUUUGAUUCUUCAAACAACAUGGUAACUUGAGGUUCCCUUGCAUGCAGUCGUCUCCAAGCUUGAAAUUCUUGUGUGUUGACCGUCAGUGCAUCAUCUUGCUCCUGGGACCUGUCAGAAGCUCUGGUGGGGGCAUGGGGAGGAGCAGGUGCCCUGGGAUUCUUUGUUUUGUUUUGUUUCUUUUUCUUUGAAAGGUGGAAAGGAAGAUAUUCCUUCAUGUCCAAGAACAGGACCCACAAAGAGGGACCUGAAACAGUUUUCCACAGCUUGGCUGCCCAGACUUUGGUUUUGCUAAGCCCUUUUACACUGAUCCAGGAAAGUACGGAGGCUUUAAAAUUAAAACUAAUUGGGCUGUGUCUGUAGUCUGUCCUGACAAUGUCUCUGCUCUUGUAAUUUGGGGUCUGGUGUUUUCCUGCAAAGGUGAAGCAAAACAGUUCUGAUCGUGGUUGGGAUUCCUUGUUUAAUUCAGGUGGAGCUUAUCUUAAGACACUAAAUCUAAGUGGUGGAUCAGUUCUCUGUUUCAGUUCACAGCAAGGUAUUUCAGUAUUUCAGUUCACAGCAAGGCAGCUUCUCUCUGCCACAGGGCAGUCACUGACCAAGUGGCAGCCACUGGCCUGUGCAGGGGGCAGGGGUUAGGAAUGAGUCAGUUCUCAGCCUCAAACUGACAGCCAGCUGCAGGUCUGGGUGUGCCCUGCUGAGACUCGACCAAAGGGGUGUCUCUGGUGCAGUGGGUCUCAAAGGGUCUGCCUCAGAUGGUGAGGUGAGUUCCGUAACAGUGACUGUUCCAUGGGUUCUGGAUGGUAAGGAUAGGGGGAUUGAAGCAGGAGCCACUCUGUGCAUUACACACUUGUGUGGUCUUUGAGGAGGGAAGCAAACCUGCCCAUUCUUGCUCUCUUUAAAUGGCAUUCUGUGUGCAGCAAUGGGUUUGGCUUUCAGGACAAACUAGUGAAAAAUUAAGACCUGGCUUCCAGGACUUUUAUUAUAUAAAGCUGCUAAUCCUGCUUAUCAUUCCAGACUUUCACAGAAUACCACAUUAGUUUCCUAAAACUACACUACUUUAUGAUGUCUGUGAAAGCUGGAGAGAGCUUAUAAACUUAAACCUGUUGCAACACUUGAAUGUCCACAGAUCCACUUGGCCAGAUAGGAUUCAUCCCAGAGUACUGAAGGAGCAAGCAGGACAUACAGCAGGACCCUGCUCGGUCAUCUACUGAAGGUCUGGGAGUCUGGACAGGUCCCUGCUCAUGGGAAGGUAGCCAGUGUUAUUCCAGUCUACAGAAAGGGCAGGAGGGAAGAAUCCAGGGAACUACAGACUGUGAGUCUAGCCUGGGUUCCUGGGAAAAUCGUGAAGAUUAUACUGGGUGCUGUUGAAAGAAGUUUAAGGAAUAAUGCAGCCAUCAGGCACAGGCAACACGGGUUCACAAAGUUAAAGUCCUGUCUAGCUAAUUUGAUACUCUUCUGUGAUAAGGCCACCCACCUAGUGGGUGAAGGGAAGGCAGUGGGUGUAAUUUUUCUGCAUUUUAGUAAUGCUUUGGAUACUGUCCCUCACAGCAUCCAUCUGCACAAGCUGUCCAGCUGUGGGAUGAACAGGUUCAUGGUGUGCUGGGUGAAGAACUGGCUGAAGGGCAGAGCUCAAAGGACUUACAGUGAAUGGGGCUACUGGUCUGGCUGGCUACUGGUCACCAGCAGUGUUGCUCGGGGCUCAGUUCCAGGGUCAGUUCUAUCCAAUGUAUUUAUCACUGAUCUGGAUGCAGGAGUUGAACACACCAUUGGCAAGUUUGCUGAUGAUACCAAACUUGGACAUGCUGUUGACGGAUGCUUUGGAGAUGGAUCUGGAUAGACAGUCAACCUCCUUGCUCUCUGCAGCUCCCUGAGAGGAGAAGUGGAGAGGGAGGUGCUGAUCUCUUCUCCCUGGGAUCCACUGACAGGACACAUGGGAAUGGCUCAAAGAGGCACCAAGGGAGAUUCAGACUGGACAUUAGGAAGCAUUUGUUUACCAGGAGGGUGCUCAGACACUGGAACAAGCUUGCUAGAGAGGUGGUUGAUACCACAAUCAUGUUUAAGAGGCAUCUGGACAACAUGCUGAGUCCUGAAGUGGAUGGAGGCACGCCAAGCAGCUGGAGUGGAUGAUCUCCGUAGGUCCCUUUCAAGUGAGAUACCUGUUCUAUUCUCUUAUUCCUCCAUAUUUACUGCUGUUGUCUCAAGGUUAAGUGCAGUCCCGAGUAUUCACAAUAGAAUAUGUCAGCUGUGAUUUAAAUUGGGGUUUUUUCACACUGUACAUCAUUUUCUGAAGAGGCAGUAACUGUGUCAGUGACUUUUGCGUGCCCCCUUUCUGUUUACAAAGACAACCAAAACCAGCUCCUCCUUGCUCACAGGAUGCCUGCUGUGCAGGGAAUCACAGCACAGGCAUUUCAGCCAUACAGAGACUGCUGGGAUUUUGCAGGAACUGCACGAUUUUGCGGUGUGUGGCUGAGAAGUACUUACUGUGUGACCCUUGGUCUUCUCUGGAGGAUUGUGUUUUGUUGUGACAGGGCACCUUCUCGUCCUUCUCAGGGCUUUUUCUGAAACCUGAUGAGACCAGGAUGGAGAAAUAUCAUUUCAUUCCCUUCCUUGAACAUGGCAAUUUCUGUUGAAGUUCUGUGUGAGUCCCUUUACAUGCUGUAAGUGACACUAAAUGAUCCCGUUGGUGUGGGAUCAGGAGACUGCUGUGAGAAGAAAGAUAGGCAGACCUCUCUGCAAGGGCUUCAUAUCAACACAUUCAUCCAAAUUCUGAUAUUUACACUGCUGACGGGCCUUCAGGUAACUUUAAUUAAAGGAAAAUUGGAUCUGUUGUGUAGCCUUUUGGUCUGCUUGACUGUCCAAGAUGGGCUUUGAAUGCUGGGCCUGGCCUGGUCCCCUGGUUUGAGAGCAGCUUGUGGGUUUCAUCUUCUCACAUAUCCACACUCUUUUGCCUUUAGGAAGAACAGUGGAGGAACUGGAUAUUUCACACCGAAAGAGAGGAAACUAGAUAUUAAAUUUCUGUUAGUUUUUAAUUAUUAAAUUGUUUGGGGUUUUCCUUGUCACUGUAAACUAAUCUUGCCUGGCAUUCCAUAUCCACCAGGCUUCUUGCACUUAGUUUUGUAGGUAAGUUUGUGGCACUGACAUGUUGGUGUCUCAGUGUUUCCCCAGGGCCUCAGGUUCUGCUCUAAAGAAGAAGAGCAAUUGCAACAUCUUACACAUCCUUCUUUUCUUUAUUUUCCCUUUCCCCUCCCACUGAACUUGUGCUUAGCCAUCAGGUUGAUAAAGCUCACCUUACCUUGACCUGUGCUUGGAGAGGGCAGUUUGAAAAAGGAGCUUCUGCAGAUGGAAUGAUUCUGGUUUACUUGUUAUGAAAACCAUUUGACAAGCAAAUCCAUUUUCUUCAGCAAGCAUCAAUGUCAACAUUUAUCUUUUUCUCCUGAAGACUACCCAGCAAUUAACGGUUCCUUUGUUUUUCAAGAUGUACUUGGAAAAGAUUUUGUGGGUUUAGCUGUGAUUUGUUAGCCUGAGAAUUGCAUUUUCUCUUCCAUAAUACUUUUUUUUGAAGGCUACUUACACAGGGUUUGUUUUGGCUUUGAAGGAAAGAAAAAUACCCAGUACUGCUUAAUUUAGAAAAAUCAGCAGUGGAAGGGAAAGGUUGGGCACUACCUCUGGGGUGGGACUGCCACAGCUGACAGGCAUUGUGUGGCUGUGGGUUUCAGCUUGGCCUAAAUGACUCCAACAAACAAUAAUAAAUAAUAUUGGGCUGGAUUGCCCAAUAUUAUUUAUUAUUGCCCAACAUAUGUCAGUGUAGUCCAUAUUAGUCCCUUAAACAGCCUAGGAGAGUAAGAGCAGAGAUAGACUAAACUGAAAGCAGGCAAUAAAAUAUAAAUGUGUUAGUAUUUAUAUACCUUUUUCUUGAGAGAAAGGACCUCAUUUAGGAACAGUUAAAGAAAAUAAGAACUGAAGUGAUUUGAGCUGGGGGCUGAGCCUUACUGGGAUGGGUUUUCCAGCUCAUGCUUCCAGCUCAUCACUGUGCUGCUGCCCAGGUGGAAGAGCACCUCUCUGAAAAAAAAAUAAAUGCACUGUGCGAGUCCAGAGCCUCCUGAACUUUGCACAGAUUUCCUACUGCACUUUAAAGCUGUGCUGCUGCUGCUGUGGUUGGUGACUGUAGUGCUGUUGCAGGAAAUAAGUCGUGUGGCAGGGCAACUUGCAGAGGGCAUGGCUGGAGAAGAGGGGCCCUUUAAUUAUUUCUGGUGUCCUGUUGUCUUUUCACGUUUCUCUGAGGUACUUGUGCAGUCCUGGCUCAAGGACUCAGUAAACUCCCACUGUUUCUGGAUGACUGAGUGUGCUAAGAGCUGUCAUCUUUUGCUGUUCCCCUAGUAAGUUUCAUGCUCCUCGCUUUAAUAAUGAUCCCACUUUCACUGGCAAGACAGAGUAGAAUUGAAUCAGUUUGUACCAGAUCAGUCAUAUUGGUUUUUCUGAUACAGUGCUGUAAGGAGCUCCAUUCCUUGCUAUCACCUGACCUGUUACCACCUACUGCUGUUCCCUUCUCCCACUGCCAUGAUCCAGCAUGGGUAGCAGACACAGGUUUGUGUGAGGGUGUUUUCAAUUUCCUACUGCUUCUGCCAUCCAUAAAUUGGAAACCUCAGAGCACCAGGGCUUUAUUCCCACUCAGAGUAGGUUACUCCGUGGUGAAAGAUUUAGCAGAGAUUUUCAGUCCUGACAACACAAAUUCAUACUCUCUGCAAGCAAGCCCUGCUUAGUUACACAGACACCAUUCAUUAUUUGUUGAUACUGGUUUUUCUGAGAUUAAUUUUUUUUUUAAAGGCUUUUUUUUCUGCCUCACCAGAAGUAUCUUUACAAGGUCUUCACAUUUGCAAUAUGUGCUGCUGUUCUGGCAAUCACAGGUGUGAAACAACAGAGCUCAUGGGGGGUUGGACCCUGUUCCUGCCUGCUCACUGUGAGAAGGGAAGCAAAUAUGGAUUUUGCCACAGGAGAUUAAUCAGAGAUGCUGUUGCCCUCCACAAUGUAAAU